ACUGGUAAAUUAGGUGCGGGCUGCCUUUUGAUGUUCCCCGUUAGCCGCCAUAACUUUUGCAUACUGUAUCUAUCCCUUGCAUCGAUAGAUUCCAGCAACUCAUCAAGUCUUCUCGCCUUGGCAUGCUUGAUUUCCCGGCUAAUGUUGUUGGCUAAUCUGUUGUGUGCUUGCCUAGCAGCCGGGUUGUGGUAUGCCUGUAUGUGGCGUUUAAUCAGCCUCUUGGCCUCAAUCAUUUGUUGAAUGCGCCUGUUGAUUGUGUAGUUAUAUUUUGGUUGCCCUCGGUAAGGCUGGUGAGUUAGGUUUGUUGCAAAUUUCGCUGCAGAGUGGAUAUUAUUUUCCAGUAUGUCUACCGCAUCGUCAAUAUCUUCGCCACAGUGAAGCUCAGUGUUCAAAUUGAUGUGCAUGUUUAGCCACAAUUGAAAUUUGGGUAUGCUCGCAUUUGCUGGAAGAAGAUGACACUUGGGUUCGCCUUCUGCUGGCUUACUCAGUAGUUCAAUCAGCAGCGGCAGGUGAUCCGAUCCUAAGUCAUUGGAUGUGCUUAUUUUUAGCAGACCAUACUGCACACCUUUAUAUACUGCGAAGUCAAUGGCUGUCGGGGACUGCCGCGCAUUAUUUGGAAAGCGCGUUGACGAGCCAGUUGCCAGAAUGUCAAGGUUUUGCUGCUGCACACUUUCAAGGAGUAUAUUACCCCUGCGAUUUGAUCUGCUGUUGCCCCACCAAUAACUUCUGGCAUUCCAGUCACCAGCAGCAAUAAAUUUAGCACCAAGCUGUCUAAAUACGUAGUUGAAGUCUUGAACCAGCCAAUGUUCCCGCGGGGGGCAGUAUAUGGCCGCAACAUUAAUGACUGAGCCAUUUAGCAGUGUAAUUGCAACUGGCGCACACUGAAUUUUCUCCAGGGUUGUCGGCAUGAGCGCUAUGUGUUGGAUUGUGCGCUUUACUAGGAUGGCUGCACCUCCACGGCGGUUGUUAGAUGGGUGGUUUGCCAGCAUAAAUAACUCCAUCUCUUCCAGUUUAUUGUGUAGUCCUGCUGCAUUCCAGGCUACAAUUUUAAGGGCGUUGGUGUUGAGUCUGGCAUAUAUGUUAUGCCCAUUUCUCUCUGAGGAGGAAGUGAUGGAGUUGGCGUCGUGGCUAGACAUUUUGGUUACCAUUGACGCGCUCCAUGGUAGACAUGAGAGUGCUUACGGUAGCCAUCAUACUCGUCAUUAGAUCAACUAAUCUGUCAAUUUUACUUUCCAGGUUGCUGUUAUUGGCAGGGGCAAUUGCGCUCCUUUGUUGUUCAACCAUUAUGUUGAUCAGCUGAUCAAGUUUUCGGCUGAGGUCAUCUCGCGGGUAUGCAGUUCGCGGUGAGCUGCGGCUGCGGCUCCUGUGUUGCUGGCGCGCUUCUGCAGGAUGUGCUAUCACUUGCCGAGUUUCUCGCUCCUGAUAAUGCUGGUGGCGCUGAGGCGGCUGAUUGUUGUGCUGCAAUCUCGAAUCAUGUUGAGGCUGCUGUCGAGUUGUUUGGCGCUGUGCGGUCUGCUUCUGCUUUCGGGAGCGCUCAUCUGGCAGGCCAGUUUUAAGGGCGGCUGCAUAGCUGCUUGCAGCUUGAGGCAUUGGCUGCUGGUGUUGCACUUGCUGACGGAAUGGGUUGUGCUGCGGCUGCUUCUGCUGCUCAGAGGGCCGCUGUGGUUGCUGCUGUUGUGCCUGCUGGCCCUGAACAACUGGAGGCCGAAGCGGUUGCUGCUUUGGUCGUCCCUGUUGCCUACCAGAGCUAAUUGGAAUGCAUUGUUUUUGAAGAAGAUGCAGCCCCUGUAACUAGCAGCAUGUGGGCCCUUACAAUUAGCACAUUUCGCUUCUGCACUAGGCGCCUUUUCACAGAGUGUUGAUGGG